AUGCCCUUAUCCGUCAUAAAGAAACCGCUCGACGGCUUCCGCGAGUGGUAUUCUAACAGCCCCGUGGCCGAAUGGGUGGCCAAGAUCCGGCCCUAUCUCCCUCCUAUCAACUUCGUCACCCUCCAUUAUGCCUACUUCAUCUUCUCGUGCCUUAUCUUGGCCCUCAUCUUCUGGGGCACCCAGUCGUCCACGAGCCUCCCGGUCAGCUUCCUCGACAGCCUCUUCUUCGUCAUGUCGGCGCUCACGGGAACGGGCUUGAACCCGAUCAACAUAAGCCAGCUGUCGAUCGCCCAACAGGUCCUCUUGGCGCUCGCCAUGAUGCUCGGGCAACCCAUUCUCAUCUCGCUAUGGACCGUCCUAUUCCGGCGGCAUGUUUUCGAGAAGCGGUUCCGAGCCAUCGUCAAGGCGGAGCGGGCAAGGAAGCUAAAGGCGGGCUCCACCAUCUGGCUAUACUCGGGUUUCUCGGAUCUGCUUGCCCUGGCCAAGCUGAGGUCACUGUCCAAGACCGAGUCCAAAGAUGAGACCGCCAACAAGCUGCCGGGGUUGGGCAGCCGAAUUCAAGGGUCGGAAUCGGGAGCCCAGGAACAGGACGUGGAGGCCGGUCUUGCUCCGGACACCAACGUCACCAUGCCCAAGACGCCUGGUGCAAAAGGCGUCGCUUUCCUAGAGCCCCCUCCCCGUGGAAACUCCAAAAAGGUCACGAUCCCGUCCGACGAGGACCGGACCGCCGAGGUCCGGACCUUCUUGCAGGAGAAGAGGAAGAACGUGGGCAGGAACGGCGAGUUCUUCAAUCUCACCAUCAAGGAGCGCGAAUAUCUCGGAGGUGUCGAGUACCGGGCCGUCGAAGUAUUAGUAGUUACGGUGGCCAUGUAUUACGUCCUCUGGCCGCUGCUCGGUGCUAUUGCUCUCGGCGCCUGGCUUGCAGUCAACGCGCCCGAGGUCACGGCCGUGAACGAGCAGAAUGCCUGGUGGACGGGCAUCUUCUUGUCUGUCUCGGCUUUCUGCAGCGCCGGAAUGUCGCUGCUAGACGCGGGUAUGACUGCCUUCCAGUCGGGCUCCUACUUUGUGUUGAUCGUCGGCGCUCUGCUCAUCCUCGCCGGUAAUCAGGCGUCGCCCAUCUUCCUUCGCUUCAUCAUAUGGGUCUUGUCUCGCACGCUCCGCUUCUCCACCAAGCACCAAAACUAUGCCGUGUGGAAAGAGACAUUCGACUUCAUCCUGCAGUACCCGCGGCGCGUCUACAUCAACAUGUUCCCUUCGCGUCCCACGUGGAUGCUCACGCUGUCGAUUGGCGGGUUCCUGGCCGUGGACUGGAUCAUGUUCUUCCUUCUCAACAUCGGCAACGAAGCCAUCGAGAGCAUCCCCCCUGGCCCGCGCGUCAUGGAUGGUUUUUUCCAGUCGACCUCCCUCCUUUCCGCUGGUUUCGCUGUUGUAUCGGCAUCCAGCGUGUAUUUUGGCCUCCAGGUCCUGUGGCUGGUCAAGAUGUAUGCUUCGGCGUACCCGACGUCGAUCACAGUCCGUGGCUCCAACGUCUACGAGGAGCGCUCGCUCGGAAUCUACGCCGGGGACGACCCGGAGGACAGCGACGACGAGGACAAAGAAAAGAAGGAAAGCAACGCGCCGGCGGCUGGCGGUUUGUUCGUCAACCCAGGGACAACCACUGGGGCGCAGCCUCCCCUGACGCCCAUGUCGGCCACCUCGAACGCUUCCCGCCUCUCAAGGCUUUCCCAAGCCUCCCGCGGUGGGAUCGACAAGAUCGUAAACCUCGGCCGCGAGGGUGGAGCCAAGCUGGGCCGACAGCUGCAGCGGCGCAUGACCGAGUUCCAGGGCGUCGGCGUGGCCACUGCGCCCCUUCGGCGGCACAAGACCAGCCUUCCCCAGCCCAGCCAGCCGACCCCCCACUCCUCGGCCAGCAGCACCACGGCCAGCGUCGACUCGGUCGAUGAUUCGCUCCCGCCUAAGCAGGAUCUCGUCUCUCACCACGUGCGCAGCCAGCUGUCGCACGAUGUGUGGUGGAUCGCCCUCGCUUUCUUCCUCAUCACCAUCAUCGAGACCUCACACACGCUCGAGGACCCGGCCGCCUACAGCCUGUUCAACAUCCUGUUCGAAAUUGUGUCGGCCUACGCCAACAACGGCAUCUCCAUCGGCCUCCCAAACGCGUCGUACAGCUUCAGCGGCGGCUGGAAAGCUGGCAGCAAGUUUGUGCUGGUGCUCGUCAUGCUCCGCGGCCGCCACCGCGACCUGCCUGUGGCCCUGGACCGCGCCGUGAAGUUGCCGAGCAUGGACUUGGACGAGCAGGAGGAGGACGAUGCCGAGAUUCGCCGCACCAUCACCAGAACACCGAAGCUGGUUCAGAGCCCCCCACUGCACUCCCCGGGGAGGAUCAGGCCGUUUGCGCCCAUGUGA